GCGCCCACAGCCCAUCCCCCGCCAGUGCAGAGCGCGGCCACGGCCUGGGGAGGGGCUGAGAACCCCGGCGGAGGCAGGGGAGGCACCUCUUCUGCCACAUCAGCCCAACUCUCCCUUCAAGUAGAACAGCCUUGGAGCUCACGGCACCCACUGGGUCUGGAGUGUGUCUACAUCUAGCUGGCUGCCUCUUGGGCCACAGAAGAUUUGGCAAAGAUGAAGAAACGGGGGAGCUCAGAUUCAGGGGAGUCUGAGGACCUGCCCCAAGAGGACUCCAGCUCAGAUCCCCUGGAUGGAGACCCUAACUCCAGGCCAUCUCCAGCCAAGCCCCACAGCUUCCCUGUGGCCAAGAGCCGUAGCCGGCUCUUUGGAAAGGGUGACUCGGUAGAUGCGUCUCUCAUGGACUGCUCUCAUGCGGAAGCCCAAUUGGCAUUCUGUCCGGCCAUCACAGUCAGCCCUGUUGUCAUCAUCCAGAAGCCUGGAGAUGGCCCCACCUGUGCCAGGCAACUGUCCCAGGACUCUGUCACUGCCGAGAAGAACUUCAAGCUCUACGAUCGCAGGAAGAUCUUUGAAGCGGUUGCUCAGAAUAACUGCGAGGAGCUGGAGAGCCUGCUCCUCUUCCUGCAGAAGAGCAAGAAGCAUCUCAUGGACAGCGAAUUCAAAGACCCCGAGACAGGGAAGACCUGUCUGCUGAAAGCCAUGCUCAACCUGCAUGAUGGGCAGAACGACACCAUCCCCCUUCUCCUGGAGAUCGCCCGGCAGACAGACAGCCUGAAGGAGCUGGUCAACGCCAGCUACACGGACAGCUACUACAAGGGCCAGACGGCGCUGCACAUUGCCAUCGAGAGGCGGAACAUGGCACUGGUGACCCUCCUGGUGGAGAAUGGGGCCAAUGUCCAGGCUGCAGCCAAUGGGGACUUCUUUAAGAAAACUAAAGGGCGGCCUGGCUUCUAUUUUGGUGAGCUGCCCCUCUCCCUGGCUGCCUGCACCAACCAGUUGGGCAUCGUGAAGUUCCUGCUGCAGAACUCCUGGCAGCCAGCCGACAUCGGCGCCAGGGACUCGGUGGGCAACACGGUGCUGCACGCGCUGGUGGAGGUGGCUGACAACACGCCUGACAACACCAAGUUUGUGACGAGCAUGUACAAUGAGAUUCUGAUCCUGGGGGCCAAACUCCACCCUACGCUGAAGCUGGAGGAGCUCACUAACAAGAAGGAGCUGACGCCGCUGGCUCUGGCUGCCAGGAGCGGGAAGAUUGGGGUCUUGGCCUAUAUUCUCCAGAGGGAGAUCCAGGAGCCUGAGUGCAGGCACCUGUCCAGGAAGUUCACCGAGUGGGCCUACGGGCCUGUGCACUCCUCUCUGUACGACCUGUCCUGCAUCGACACUUGCGAGAAGAACUCAGUGCUGGAGGUGAUCGCCUACAGCAGCAAUGAGACCCCUAAUCGCCACGACAUGCUCUUGGUGGAGCCGCUGAACCGCCUCCUGCAGGACAAGUGGGACAGAUUCGUCAAGCGUAUCUUCUACUUCAACUUCUUCGUCUACUGCUUGUAUAUGAUCAUCUUCACCACGGCCGCCUACUACAGGCCAGUGGAAGGCCCGCCUCCCUUUAAGCUGAAGCACACCGUUGGGGACUACUUCCGAGUCACUGGAGAGAUUAUUUCUGUAUCAGGGGGAGUCUACUUUUUUUUCCGAGGGAUUCAGUAUUUCCUGCAGAGGCGGCCGUCACUGAAGACCUUGUUUGUGGACAGUUACAGUGAGAUGCUUUUCUUCGUGCAGUCGCUGUUCAUGCUGGGGACCGUGGUGCUGUACUUCUGCCACCGCAAGGAGUACGUGGCCUCCAUGGUGUUCUCUCUGGCCAUGGGCUGGACCAACAUGCUCUACUACACCCGCGGCUUCCAGCAGAUGGGCAUCUAUGCCGUCAUGAUCGAGAAGAUGAUCCUGAGAGACCUGUGUCGCUUCAUGUUUGUCUACCUGGUUUUCUUGUUUGGGUUUUCCACAGCGGUGGUGACUCUGAUCGAGGAUGGAAAGAACGACUCUGUGACUGAUUCCACGUCGCACAGGUGGCGAGGGGUUUCCUGCAGGCCUCCUGACAGCUCCUACAAUAGCCUGUACUCCACAUGCCUGGAGCUGUUCAAGUUCACCAUCGGCAUGGGCGACCUGGAAUUCACCGAGAACUACGACUUCAAGGCUGUCUUCAUCAUCCUGUUACUGGCCUAUGUGAUUCUCACUUACAUCCUCCUGCUGAACAUGCUUAUCGCCCUCAUGGGCGAGACCGUCAACAAGAUCGCCCAGGAGAGCAAGAAUAUCUGGAAGCUGCAGAGAGCCAUCACCAUCCUGGACACGGAGAAGAGCUUCCUUAAGUGUAUAAGGAAGGCUUUCCGCUCAGGCAAGCUGCUGCAGGUGGGGUACACACCUGAUGGCAAGGACGACUACAGGUGGUGCUUCAGGGUGGAUGAGGUUAACUGGACCACCUGGAACACCAACGUGGGCAUCAUCAAUGAAGACCCCGGCUACUGUGAGGGGAUCAAGCGCACCCUGAGCUUCUCCCUGCGGUCAGGCAGAGCUGCAGGGAGACACUGGAAGAACUUUGCCCUGGUUCCCCUCUUAAGAGAUGCAAGUACUCGGGAAAGGCACCCUGUCCAGCCCGAGGUAGUUCAUCUGAAGCACUUCGCAGGGUCCCUCAAGCCAGAGGAUGCUGAGCUCGUCAAGGACCCUGCUGCUUUAGGAGAGAAGUGAGGGACCCCAUGGGGGGGCUUUCAGCCCUGUGGGCCUUACGAUACCCCAGUGUUGUUGGUGGGGGGCGUGUAGGAACACCAGUGCUGUCUCAGCAGCACCCACCUUCUGGGCUCUUUCCCAGACCUCACAGGAUAAGCUGUGGGAGGCAUUGCUGGAUGCACGGGAAGAGGUGGCCAUGCAACCCUCACUGUCCCCAAGUGAAUCUCCUAACUUUCUGGUUUUUACUGACUUUAUCAAACAUCACAGAUGAGAAAUCUCCACGUGCAUGUAUACGAUGCCCCUGUUUUCUUCGAUUUUGCAUUCCUGGGAGUGAAAGCCAACGAAGCCUAGUAAAACAAUUUUUUGAACAAAACACUUCCUUUGAGAGAAAAUUCCGAAGCUCUUGUCUAUAUCAUGCUUAAUAUCUCCCCCGUCCGGAGUGGUCUGGGGUUAAUGAUGUCACUCCUCAGGGGAGGUAGGGGAGGCUUGCCCCAUUCCCAGCUCUGCCAGAAUUGGUUGUUUCCGGAGUGGUUCCCUCCUUUUGGGUAAUCCAUCACAGUUCCAAAAAUAUUAGCUCCUUCGCAUUUGAAAUAAAAGUACAGAACCAUGUCCCAAAGCCACGUGGAAAGAAUUUUUUAAUGAUCGUCCAUCUGUAAUAUCCAUCUAUAGUCCUGCUCACCUGCAGUGGUACCUACUUCCACCUCCACCCAUUCUGCCAUCCAUCAAAUAAAUACAUAAAUAAAUAUAUGUCGUAUCAGGUGUGAACUCCAUGUCAGUCACUGGGCUGGCGUAGCUGAUUGGCU